CCUCCCACCAGCCCCCGCCCCUCACAGGUCCCCCGGGAAGAAGGGCCUCCUCCCUGACAGGUGUGUCGCCUCGCUCCAAGCCGGUGUCCUUUGAGCAAAUUAAAAAGGUCAAGAUGUUCACCGAGAAAGCAAUCUUGGAAGGCCGCGUGUUCUCAAUCUUCGGCUACUUCCCCCGCCAUCAGGGACGCUCUACGCCGGCGAGGUUGGGUGGAGAAGAUGCAGCACAAUGUCCCUUACCUCAACCCUCACCCCAACAAUUGUGUGUGUCCGCACGUCGGUUACCAAGCCUCCUUCCUCUCGCCCGCCCCCGCACACCACGCCCACGCCUCCUCCCAGUCCGCAGUCACGCCCCAGAACCCUCCCGCCUCUGCUGUGCCUGCUGCUGCCAAAAGUGUGAAGCAGGAGGAGGAGAAAGAGGAGGAGGCGACGAAAGACGAGGGUGUGAAGGAAAGUGCUGAGGAAAACGAGCGUUGCACCACCACCACGCCAGACACGCCACCUCUCGUCUCACAACCUUGUACCAAUUCAUCCUCAUUAGCAUCACCACCAUCACCACCACUACCACCACCAGCACCACCAUCGUGUUCACUACCACCGCCACAAUCACCAACGUCGACACCAUUACCGGCGUCACCAUCACCACCCACGUCACCACCGUCAUCAGCCACGUCAUCAUCAUCAUCAUCAUCAGUAGAGUCUGAGGACCUUAAAGCCGCCACCACUGCCACUCCAGGUUCUUCCAGCAUAGAUGAAGUAGUGCCCGCGCGGACCAUCCAUCCCCCGCCCCGGGACUCACUCGUGGGGCACUCCGACGACGGGACCGCGAGUGUCACCCCGGACGCGGAGGAGUCUUCCAGCACUGUCGAGGGUUUCGCCGCCAGCCAGGAGGCCGCCGCUCAAAAGCCGGUGGACAGAAUCAACACUGCCAUACUGGGCCCCUCAGAGGUGCGCCGGGGCCUGGCCGAAUCUAUAACGGAGAGAAACGCGACCAUUUACAAGUACAACACCAAACACGUCCCGGUGAAGAGGGCGCCGCGACCCAGACCUUCCAACAAGGAGGACCCUAUUCCUGAAGGGACCAAAGGCGACGAGGCAACGCAGCACGCAGAGGAGCAAGGAGAGGCUGAGGCUACGAGGGAGGAGGAGGAGGAGGCACCGGCGGAAGAUGAGGAGCAGCAGGAGGAGCAGACGAAGGAGCGAGUGCCGACCCCGGAGCCGUACAACCCCUACGUGGACUUCGUGGUGAGUGACGUGGACAUGCCGCUGGUGGCGCGUUUGCUGAGGAACGUGGAGCCCAACCUGCUAUGGACGUGGACGCGGGACUCCAUCUCCUUCAAGCACCUGAGUCGUGAACAGGUGGUGAACCGCUUCCCCAACACUCCCUUCACUACCAAGUACGGGCUGUGCGAGACGCUGCAGCAGCUGCACUGGUUCAGCGAGGCGGCUGGAGUGGACACGUUUGUGCCGCGCGGCUACUGCAUCGGACAUGAGGACGAGCGCACGGCCUUCAUCCACGACUACCGCCUCACCGCCUGCCUCAACAUGCUCAAGUGGCUCACGGAGCGCCAUGACACUCACGGAGCCAACGCCGUGGCCGACCCGCACGGGGAGGUGCCCAUGAAGAGGGUGCGGCAGGCGCUGGGCCACGUGGAGCAGUACAUCCAGAGCUGCUGCCACGACGACCUGGACGUGCCGCCGCCGCCCUCCUUACGCGAACACGAGUGGGUGUCGCUCCUCGCCGCCCACCACAAGAUUGUGCACAACGACAGGAAAAUCAAGGUGGCGACUCCCAACCAGCUGCAGGCCUUGGUGAGGGACUGCGAGUCUGCCCUGGAGCGGGUGGUGCCCUUCUGGCCGCAGCUGGCAAUGGACGGCGUGAGGAACCUGUGGAUUGUGAAGCCCGGGGCGCAGUCUAGGGGUCGCGGUAUCUUCAUGAUGAACAACUUGGAGGAGAUUUUGGCGCUGGUGCAGUCCCCGCUCAUCUACGAGACCAAGUACGUCGUCCAGAAGUACAUGGAGCGCCCACUGCUCAUCCACAACACCAAGUUCGACAUCAGACAGUGGUUCCUGGUGACUGACUGGAAUCCCCUGCACGUGUGGGUGUACAGGGAAUGUUACCUAAGGUUCUGCUCACAACAGUUCGACCUCACCAAUAACAACGAGGCUGUUCAUCUCAGCAACAACGCCAUCCAGUGCAAGUACCUCAACGGGGAGAGGAGUGGAGAACUACCCGAGGAGAACAUGUGGGACGUGCACCAGUUCAAGGACUACCUCAAGGGAGUUAAGAAGGAGGGGAAGUGGGAGGAGGUGAUCUAUCCUGGGAUGCGCGACGCCCUGGUGGCCGCCAUGCUAGCUGCCCAGGUAGAGAUGGACUCCUUCAAGCACGGAUUUGAACUGUUCGGCGCUGACUUCAUGUUGACGGAGGAUCUCAGGCCGUGGCUUAUUGAGAUCAACUCGUCGCCUUGCAUGGCCGCCACAACCAGCGUGACACGACGCAUGUGUGCCCAGUGCCUGCAGGACGUAAUCAAAGUGGUGGUGGACUACAGGAACAACAGGACCGCCGACACGGGCCUGUUCGAGCUGGCGUACCGGGACAGCGAGCGGUCCAUCCCCAACCCUCCUUACCUGGGCGUUAAUCUGCAGGUAGUGGGACGGCAGAUCAAGAAGGGGCCACUACGACCCGAAAAACGGAAGAGCAAGAAAGUACGCCCGAUAGAGCGUCAGGUGAAGCCUCUUUCCCUCAUCACACUGUCGCUGGAGGAGGGACCCAACAACACACUGCACGCCCAACGCGAGCCUGCAGCGAGGGAACCUUCAGGCACCAUCUCCAGGCACUGCUCCAUCCUGGACUGCCGGAAGUAUGGCGUUGGAAAUACCACCUCGCUGCCGAUAUUCUCCAACGCAGAAUCAGAGGCUGAGGAUGAGGAGUGCAGGCAUGCCAGAGCCCUACUGAGUCCUGCCUGUGAUGGGAAGCACCCCAAACCUCUGCUCCCUGAUGUUCCUCUCGCUGAGUGUGACAAGAAACAAAACUAGAGACACCAGUUGGAGGUACACGAGUGGGUCUCCAGCUCCCAAAACAAGGAUAACCAUGCCGAUGAGGUAAUUUCUUCGUUAGUUUCAUGACCCACAGCCAGAUGUGUUAGGUAAUGAUGAGGAGAAAGUACGAGUAUAAUAAUUAUUGAAGUUACAGAUAUAUACGAAUACAAGAACUAAGAGUGCCAAUGUAAUUAUGAUGUAAGACAAGCUUUUCCGUGGUUGUAUUUGUGAAACUGUAACCGGAGAGGAGGACGUAUUGUAACUUCGGCAACACAAGUAAUUUUAUACAUUGGGAAACACACUUUGGGUAACACAGAACUUUUCAUAGGGACGUGCAGUCGUGGUCAGAAAUUGAGUAGCAUCUGUUUUCGCUUCCACUGUACUUGUUUUAUUUAUUUAUUUAUUUUUUACUUAAUCUUAAGUCCUCUGGUCUGCAUACAGUCUCCUUCCAAAACCUGUCAACUAGAUAGACUCACAGCAUAUCAAAGAAUAAUGUUCAACACAGUGGAAGUGAGUGGUGUACGUUACUCGACUACUGACCAGGACUGUAUCACGAGCAUAUGGGAGUUAAUAAUGUGAUAUGGUUUUUAUCUGUUUGUCUAUGAUCUGAAAACAUAACGAGUCUAACUUGAUCACACUGGAUAAUAAAGAUGCUCUCCAUACGAGAUAACAUACAGUGAAAAGCGGCCCAAGUGCAGGUGCUGGCAAAGAUCUGCUAACUAACCUAUAUUUUUUUACACAGCAUGCCUGGAACUGAGCUGCACGUUUGUGAAAUUAUGUACGUCUUGAUUUAUAAGGCGCGAGAAGACAAUGACACAAAAAUUACUAAAAAAUACUUAUGGAACACACUCAUUUAUAACCCUGGCCUUCGAUCAUUAAUCCUUUGGCUGCUGGGUAAUGACAUUCAGACACUUAUCAAUUAAAGUAACACUAAAUAAUAUUCAGUCGAGCUAAGCCAUUUGGACAACUUCUAGUGUUACUAAGAAUAUUUUGAAAUUCUAUCCUAAACAUCCACUAUUUUUUAAUACGCCUGAGAAGUCGUAGCAGUCAGAGGGUUAAGGUCAUAAAUACACGAUAGUUUUAUACUCAAUCUCCAAACAUUAUGCCGGUCUUUCAAAGUGUAUGGGUGGCGUGAGUAGCGGAGGUGUAAUACAGUGUCACGCAGUGUUAUUAUGAUAUGAAUCUUAACCUUAGUGAAUUGACUUAGCUAAAACUGUGAGAACGUGUAGUCGUAUGAUUCUGAUGAUGAGUGAGACAGGCAGGUACGCAGAUGAGGAGAAUAGCAGACAGGUAGAAUAAAGGUUAAAUUUAGAAAUAGAAAAACCAACGGAUCUUUAAUUGGUGGUAACAAUUACUAGCUUAGCAAAUAUUUUAUUGUUGACUAAUCAGUAAUGGGAAUUUGAAAUCUAGUAUUUUUUUUUUUAUUGUCAUUAUCUAAAACCAAGAAAAAUACUUGGUGUUUUUCUCCUUUUCUUGUAUAAUCUGACAACUGUGGAAAAUGUGUCUUAUGGUGUCUUUUCUUUUUCUCAUCAAAUUUUCUUAUAUUAUCUGACAACUGUAGAAUAAUUAUGUCAUUAUUUAUCCAAACCGAAAGAAAAGAAUGUAGAAUAACACUAAUUUUCUCGUUUCUUUCAUUGUAAUAUAUGACAACUGUAUACGAAUUAUGCCAUCAUUUAUCCAAAACUGAGAGAAAAGUGUAAAGUAACAUUAAUUCAUCUUUUCUUUUUAUUAUAUUAUCAAACUGAUUAGUUCAGCCAUGAUUUAUCCAAAACUAAAAGGAAAAUGUAAGAUAACACUUUGAUUUCCCUUUUUUUUUUUCUCUUAUUAUCAUGCGACUAUAUAUUGAUUAAAAGUAAGGCAAAAUAAUGAGAAAUGGCCAAAGAAAACGUUCAGCAGUGUUGCUUGAAUCAAUAUAGUGACUUUUUACUAGAGUAACUGUUACACGCUAGCAAACCAGUCAUUGCUGCUGCUGUUGCUGAUACUGCUGCUGCUGCCGCUUACUGUGAUGUCGAAGUACGUUGUUGAGAGGAACUAUUUUCCUGUAGAGUCAUCACUUAGAGUACUGUAGGAAUUAUGACAUUAAUUUAUAACAUUUGUUGAGCCCCAGGGUUGUUGAUCUCAGCUGCCUCACCGUAUACCACCAGAAAUGUGUUGUUCUCUAAUGUGUAGUGUAUACUUUCUCUGGUGCCACAUUGUUACGUGUCAUACCGUUGUUAAAGUGAGGUACUGGUUUGCUAUAUUUCUUAGUCAGGAAUUUGGUUGUUACUACUACUACUACUACUACUACUACUACUACUACUACUACACAUGAACCUUGCCAUUAUUAUUUUUUAUUAUAUCUCUCAACUAAAUUAGCCUCUGUUCCGGGGGAAAAAAAAUCUUGUUUUUAUUAUUAUUUUGGGGUUGGGAAGCGGCAACCUGGCAUUUUUUUUUUUCAUUUUUUUUUUUUUUUUUUUUUUUUUUUUGUUCAUUUAGCUAGCCUCCUCCAUGUGUAGAAAAAUAUCCUACUGGGUCUACGUGUAACCAUAUCUUUCCUUCCUUUCUGCCUCCUUCUGUGAGAAUAUCCUUUUUUUAUCUCCAUCUGUGUGAAUAACCUUCAUCAAAGACAGCAAGCAGGUUUAUGAUAUUGGUAACACUUUUCGUAUUUUCCCUAACAAUUAUUCAUACUCAGAAAUCAUAACAUUAUGAGGCACACAUGAUGGAGUUUGGACAGUUCGUGCACAGCAUACAGGUUCUGGUAAAGGGGUUACAGUUUUAAAUGGAACAAGUAUGUGAUGAUGGCUAGGCUACAGCGAAUGAGUGUCAUGUACAUAUCUAGGCUUACCAGAUAGAUCGUGUGUGUGUGUGUGUGUGUGUGUGUGUAUGUGCGUGCUCUGGAAGAGGCUUUAGGUUUGCGUGUGUCGCUGUUGUGUUGUGUGAUGAUCACAAACCGUAUCCUUGUCGUGAUUUUAAAUAUAGGUUCGAGUGUUUGAUGUCAGCGAGGCCAGAACAGUGAUCAAAUAGUUUACUAUGCCAACCAUCUGGUGAGUUUUUUAUAAAGUGUACCACGAAAACUUUUGUUUCGAGAAUCAUCAAUUAAUAAAUUUUACGCCAAAGUGAUUGGCUGAAA